UCCACCUGAACCUGAUUACCUGUAUACACAGGGGCCAUGGAAAAGUUGAUGAGCUUGUUUGAACAAUCUCUAUACCAACAGCAGCACUGUGGCCCUGUGCCUGAGGAAGAGGUCACCAUGAUCUCUACAGCUCUCCGCUGGCUAGCUCUUGUGUUUUUUAUCAUUCUGAUCAUUGGCGGGAACGUGCUGGUAUGUUUGGCUGUUUGGCUCAGCCGUCGACUGUGGCGCAUCUCUAACUCCUUCAUAGUGUCGCUGGCAGUGACAGAUCUCCUGCUAGGCCUGCUGGUGCUGCCCUUGUCUGCCACUGUGGAGCUGCGCAGCGGAAAAUGGCCCCUCGGAGGAGCCCUGUGUAACAUCUACAUCUCACUGGAUGUCUUGCUGUGUGAAUCCUCCAUCCUGACCCUGCUGGCCAUCAGUGUGGACCGAUACCUAGCCAUUUCAGCUCCCCUUAGCUACUCUCGGAGAGUUACCCCUCUAAGCGUGACACUGUCCAUGAUCGCCAUCUGGGCCUUGUCACUGGCUGUGUCCUUUGUGCCCAUCCACCUGGGCUGGAACACAGCGGACUACAGAGUGCAGCACUUGGACUGGCGCAUGGGGGAUGAGGACAAGGAGGGACGUUAUUGCCAGUUUGAAUGGAAUAACAACUAUGUUCUUCUUUUUGCCUUUGGCGCAUUUUACCUGCCUCUGCUGCUUAUGUGUGAAAUGUAUCUGUGCAUAUUCAGGGUGGCACGAGAACAGGUGCGGCGUAUUCGUGCUGCCACUCCAUCAUUUGCACGCACAGCAUCAACUGCAGCCAUAGCCCGAGAGCACAAAGCUACAGUGACCCUGGCAGCUGUACUGGGAGCGUUUGUCAUCUGCUGGUUCCCCUACUUCACCUUCUUCACCUGCAUAGGCAUAAAGGAAAAGAAAAACCCCCCUAACACACUUCACUCUGUGGUCCUGUGGCUGGGCUAUUUUAACUCAGCUCUUAACCCCAUCCUGUAUCCAGCCCUUAACAGGGAUUUCCGCAGGGCCUAUGGAGAGCUGCUUUGCUGCAGAGGACUGUCUCGCAGAAAACUGCAGCUUGCUCAUGUGUCUGUGCAUAAACGACUGAGCAUUAGUAAGGGACAGAGGCUUUCCCUCCAGUCUGAAAAACAUAUAGGCGCAAUUAAGAAAGAAAGUGAGGGGAGGAGCCUCACCCUACACAAGAGGCAGAGUAUCCCUGAUGAACCACGAUGAAAUGCCAGGGAUCUGUUCUUUCAUUGCUGGACUGUAGAACGGCAGCAAAAUGUUGAAAAUUACAAACUUGUCCCACUACUCAGUAACUGAUUAGCUAACCAUUUUCAAUAUCAGUUAGAUGUUUAGGGUACAGUAUGGUGCCAAAGAUGAUACAAUUUGUGUGAAACACAAGCCACAACAUCAUGAAUGUGCAUAAUUGUUUUGUUACUGUACUUCUUCAUUACAUCACAUUUUUCAAAUCAGUGAAAAUCACAGUAGUGUACGUCUGUUUAUAAAUAAAAAGCAGGCAAAUCAGAGCUCAGUGAAAUGAAUAGAUGACUCAGUAAGUUUCCCAGCAAGCUGCAUGGAGACACGGGUGGUUAAAAGUUUGCAAAUUGUUAAUUUUCUCUCCCCAAUUCCAUGCCAAUGAAAGUGAAUAAGUAACCAGCAAGUUGAUUUGAUAUGUACAAUAUGUGUAUGUUUGACUUGACCUAAGCAGGAUGACUUUAAUGACCUCAUGGAUGUUUCAUACAUGCAACACAGUCUAACCUUCGAAAAUAUGACGAGAAAGAAUUUACAUGAUUUACAAUGGUGCUGCACCUAACAAGUCUAUGGGCCACACACUGCAUAACAUUAACUAAAUACAGUUACAGUAAAUCUGCAUCUAUGAAAUUAUCUGUAUAACUUUGCAACUUUUAUGUGCUGUAUAUGUUGCUGGGAUUAGUUGAAGUUGAAGUAUCUUGACCCUGCUUGUGUUCAGUGGUGCAAGAAAAGGAUGAGAAAAGAUGAUGAGGAAAUUCAGUGUCUAUAUCUGUGUAAAAGUCUGCUUGACAAAUUGUGAAAGAUAACUUAGAGAUGGGCAAUUGGAUUAGCCAUGAUACCAUGUCGUCUUUUUUAAUUAAGCAAUUGCUUUGAAGUAAUUUUAUAGUUGUUAUAUUAAAUAAAUGAUUUCUUCAUUCAAAGGCAGAAUAAUAAAUGUAUUGUAUGUAUGUAGUAAUUUCUUUCUAAACCCAGUAAAUCAUUUAUGCUGAUUAGACUCUUUAAACUCCACUUUUGUAUAGGCAAUCAAUAUAUGCUGUCCUGUACAAUGAAUUUUAGUAAUGUGUUGGCUUUAUUUCAUCCUUUAAAUGAUUGAAGAAGACCAUCAGUGGUAAUGUGCAGAUAGAAAUGGUUUUCAAGCAUUGUUAGUAACAAGACAAGGCAAGCUGAGUGGGAUUGUAAUUAAAGUUUAAUGUGAGCCUUGGUGCCGUCGAUGGUAGCUGACGUAGGUUGAUGUCAGGGAAAUGUUGAAGCGGGGGAAGCCUAACGAAAUCCCUACUGGGAUGAAUUGAUUACUUGCCUCAACUUUGUAGAGGAGGGGAUGCUGCAGAGGAGGAGACAUCAGAUCACACUCAGAUUUAUGAAAAUAAUGUCUGAAAGUGGAAGCAAUCAAGCCAGCAGCUGCACAGUGACAUAUAAAAUGGAAGUCAUAAAAAUUAUUAACUGUAAUUCAGAUCAGGUGGCAGAGAAGUAAAAAGUGAGAAUGGAGGUGCAGGAACAUUUAUAGGUAGCAUUAAAUGCAACUGAGUCUGAUGAACUUGUAAUACUGUUCCCAGUCAUUUGCUGUACAUCUCCAGCACAGUAAAAGUCUCUAAGAGUUUGAUGUAAAAGAGUUGCCUCUGAAAGUCACUGCUGCCUGCCAAGAAAUAAUAAGAGUACAUACUAAUUAAAUUCUACUUGCUGUAACAAAUGAUGUGAUGAUCAAACAAGAUAUAACAUGUUUAUUACUAAACUUCAGAAUUGCUGAUAUGGAAGCCAGUUUCUCCCUACUUACAGUGGUUAUGCUAAUCUUGGUUAAUUGACUGAUCCCAGGUCCUGCCACUUUUCACUCUGAGGUCAAUUAACAAUUGAGCAUGCUACAUGGCGGAACCUGGUUACAAGAUGUUAACGCUCAGCAAGAAAACCAUUAAGCGUAAUUCCCCAAAAAAUAUAUUUUAUUUUACAAUUAAGUCUACCCCAUUUAGACCUGCGCUUUUUCUUUCUAUGUUUUUAUAGGCCACUGAAGACUAGUUCAUGUACUUAAAAUCUUUGCCAAAUCAUUAUCAUACUUGCAUCACUUGCCAAAUGUCAACAUAGUAUAUAUACA